GCCAAAAAUUCUUGAGCGAUUAUUUGAUGAGGCCUUUAUGAAAGGCAUCAUUGUCACUCCCACGUAUUGACAACUCCCACAAAUCAUUGUUUUCAUGACAUCUAUGAAUUUGUAAAUGUAAAUCUCGUUCUACAGUCUAUAAACAGUUGGCCUUGACUGUUUACACUGAGACCAAGGUGGUUUAAAGUGCUCCAAAUUAUAUUAUUUUCACGCAAGGCUACUCCAGUCGGAGCAAUCGUCACCUCAUUCGGCGCGAUCGUUCUUGGCGUUAAGGACGUGGUCAACUCGAUGACUCAAAUUAACUUCUCCAUAUGAACGUUACAAGAUCAUGAUCUCUUCGUUCUUCGAGGGCCCUCGCUGAGAUUUUACUCCACAGAGUCAAAGAUUAUGUUGAUUUUAACGGCGUAAUCCCAAAGGUUUACUGGUACUUUUGGCUCAGUCGAGAUUAACCUUUGCGCUUUGGAAUGGAGAAGGGAAAAUUAUCCAGUUCAGCGUAUGACGAUUCGUCGAAGCAAUGUCAGAAAUUCGAGGGAGAAUCAAUAAAUUUGGCUAAAAAGAUCUUAAAUACAGUUGACAAGGACCUCGUCAUCCCGAAAUUAUCCUUCUUUUUCUUUUUCAUGGCAACCGGCGCUUUCCUUCCGUAUCUUGGCGUGUUUUACAAGCAGUUGUGGCUUACAGCUCGACAGUCUGGUAUUCUGCUUGGAGUUCGCCCUUUUGUGAAAAUGUUAUGCUCGCCUCUCUGGGGAAUGGUCACGGAUGUAUGCAACAAGCCGAAGCUCAUUCUACUUGUGUCCAUUCUGGGAACAACUGUGGCCCAUUUCUCGCAAAGUAUAGUCUCGCCGUUUCAUUUGCCUUGCUACCCUGAUGUGAACAUAACAAACUUUAGCAAAAUCCGGUCUAACUUAUUCGCUCAAUACUCGGUUGAUCGAUCGUCGCGACAAAGUGGCUUCCCAGCCACUAAUACAAUUUGGCAAGGAAAGUCUCUCACAAAAGGUGCUGACGAAACAAAUGAAUCAUCAGCUGAAAAUGCCAGUAUUGCAGUUCGAGGGUCUGUGGCGACAGAAAAAUUCCUAAUAGAUAAUGAUUUUGACAAACAGAAAGAGCUUGGGAAGGACAUGCAUCCCUUCGAUUAUGGGACAGCUCAGAAAGAAAGCAUGGAAAACACCGGACCAAGGCACGAAGAUAAGCCGCGACAAAUCACUGAGGCAAAUUCCAAAAUAUUGACAAAGAACAAGAAACGCAAGAAUCCUAACAUGAAGAAUGAUUUCCGUGUGAAAGAUAAUCAAAGUAUUUUUGCAACUUUGCUGGUUAUUGUGUUUCUAGGUGAAUUUAUUGCUGCACCAGCACCAAUGCUGACUGAUAGCGGAACACUCGGUAUUCUGAGUGGCAGGGAACACCAAUACGGCCGACAAAGGCUGUUUGGUUCCGUAGGCUGGGGAAUCGGUUCUUUGUUGUCAGGGGCUGUGGUGACAGCUUUCAAUUCAUGCCCUUACGAAGACAGUAUAAACUAUGUGUCGUGCUUUUACGUAUUUGCUGGAGCGAUGAUUCUCGACUUCUUUGUCGGCCUGUUCUUCAAUUUCGUACCAGCGCCCUCUAAACAGGAUGUUUCUAAUAUGGAAAACGAGUUUUUCAAGGGACUUAAGAUAUUUUAUAACCUGAAGAAUGGAGCCUUCAUCUGCACACUGCUGUUCCUUGGGUUCUCCCACAGCCUGCAGCUCUCUUUCUUGUUUUGGUUCCUUCAAGACAUUGGCGGAACACCGAUCCUUUUCACCAUCAUUGUUGCAGUAAAUUGCCUGUCUGAGGUAGUGAUGUUCUUCCUUGCCACUUACUUUGUGCAGAAGAUCGGCCACGACGCCGUCCUCUAUACAGGGCUUGCCUGCUAUGGGUUACGAUUUUUGCUCUACUCGUACCUUAAUGAACCAUGGUGGGUUUUGCCCUUAGAAGCUUUGCAAGGCUUCACAUACGGAGGAGUUUGGACAGCAAGUGUUGCAUAGGUUGGACCGCAACCAGGCUCCGGAGCUACUAUCCAAGGCAUAAUUCACGGGGUGUACUGGGGUCUAGGUAUGGCAGUGGGCGGAGUCAUUGGUGGGUUGAUGGUUCACUCGAUUGGCGCACGUUUGACAUUUCGCCUUGAAGCGGCUUUGUCCUUUGCAAUUCUUGUUCUGUUCUUCGCGAUCAACAAUUUCCAUCAAAAAAGUUCUCAAUAUUCUCAGAUUCCCUCUGAGCCUGUUCAGGACCCAGACGAUGACCAAGAGAGUGCUAUAGAUGAAGACAGAACAGGGGACGCUAAAUGAAGUAAUUUAUCCACAAAAUUUUAGUUAUCUACUAAUUUAUUUGACUUAUUUAUUCAUUAGAACUCAUUGACAUAAGAAUUUCUCAAGGGAUUAUAAAAUAUUAGGGUAAUUAUGUUUUAAAAAGUUUCCAGAGGAAUACAGUAUAUUAUUUUUAAAUCAUUAUAAAUUUCGAUAUCCAGGGAAACGUUUUGAUUUUUGUAAGCAAAUAUGGAACAGAACAAAAUAAGGUUAACUGAACAUCAUGCUAAAUAUAUUCGGAAUGCACAAGUUCGUUUUUAUCAAACAUUUUACCUUUAUUUUCUGUUAACACAUUUCAGAUAAAGUUUGAUCUAUGCUUUGCCAUAAGCAAAACUAUAAUUGUGACUUUACCACUGAAGAAAGAAAAAAAAAUGGAAAUUAUCAUUUGAAUUUUUGAAUUAUUGAGGAACUCUAUCAAAACAGGUAUUAGACGGUAUUACGUUCACUGAAUUCUUAACUGCCUCCUCGAUUUUGUGAGAGGGAAAAAUAUGGAAUUAGUGAAAACAUUUAACAGGUUACAUUUGUUAUUUUAAAUGAAUUAUCCAAGGGGCAGAUAAAUCAUGAAUCUAAUUUAUAAUACCUCUGUUUAUGCUUGGUUUCAAUAGCAAAUCCUACACCCAAUAUCUUGGGAUUGGUACAUCAUAGGGUUAGUACGAAAGUAAAAUUUGUACGAUCUAUCAUUCUUCCUGUAUAAGUGUUAAGAUUUCCUUAAACAUCUCUCCAGUUCAAAACUGAGCAGUUUUUUCGUCGUUUCCAAGAUAAAUCCAUCCAUAAGCAGCCGGAAAAAUCUCAGUCAGAUCGAAAAGGAAGGUUUUGAUAAUGUUAAUGGUGUUAUGUGUAAUUAUGCAUUUCUGUAGUAAAUAAGUUUCUGUCGUUAGUGUACUUGUGAAAAUUCGCAGAUAUAUGUAGACUGACUUUCACAAAGAAGAAUUUUCUAAUCUUUGGAAGAGGGUGCAGAUCGAGGCAUUAAAUUUAGUAUGUGGAAAACAGAAGUGCUUUAAAUAUCUACGAUACAUGUACCGUACAACCAACAAAUCGGGAAAAAAGUAGGCAAAUUUUCUAUGGAAUAUAUCAAAAGACCUGUGUUAUGCACUUCUCUGCAUAUUGAAAAAUGAAAACUGUUCGCGACCCGCCAAUAUUGCUAUUAUUUGUCUCGUUACGCAUCUCUGAAUAAAGUGCCGCUUACAGUGUGGGCCAAUUAUCUUUUGUUACAAUUAGUGUAACAUCUGAUGACCAAACUGUUAGUUCUCAGGAUAAGUAUAAGCCAUAUUUUCUCGUGCUUCUAAUUUUGGAAAGUUCCCUGCUGGACAGGUGCACGUGCUUACAUAAACUUUUCUUCUGGAUAAGGGGGUAGCUUGUUUUAGGCGCUAAUUUAACGAGGCUCGAUCAUAGUGCAAGGAGAAAAAAGGAGGAGUGUUUAAUACGAUUCAAGAUGUGUCUGUUACGGGAGAAGAGAGUUCUGUUUUUAUUUUCUUUUUUGAACCAUACUUGCCUUGAACGAAAACCGGCGGAAAAAAAACCACUAAAUGCAAGUUACAGACCUCCUCCUUUUAUCGUCUAAAAGGCUAUUGUCGCCCAGAAUAGACAAGUUUUAAAGAGUUUGUUAGGUCGAUAGCCAAUUAAUUUUUAAAUUUGACUUAUUAUUGUCUAGAAGAUGAUGAAAGGGAUUUACCAACCGCCGAAGAGAAUUUGAAUGGCGAAAAUUUCUUGCUUUCGCCCUUCUCAUCGGUGCUCGAGUCAUCAUUAAUAAAAGUCUU